AUGAGUUCCAGCGAUGAUGAGUGGCGAAAUCCACCCGACUUGCUCGCGCGGAGAACCGCAGGCCGUAGAGGUGGGGAGGACGCCAUGCUAGCGGCGCGGAGACAAGCGGUGCAGCGGCAGCACGGCUCUGCAGCGUUGGCCCCGCCGCCGACACAACCGCCGGCACAAGAACCCCUCAUGGUGCCGGAGCAGUUGACGCGGAAAACGAUGCCGCCACCAAAACGAGAGACGGGAGUAACGGAGGAGAUGCUUGAAUCCCUGCGUCAGGAGCUCGAGGCAAAGAAAAAAGUGCUCACUGCGGCGAAGGAAAAGGAAAAUUCUCUGAGGGAGAAGUGGCGUGCGCUGAGGGCGCAAAAACUCGCAGAGAUUGCACAACUUGACGUCAAGCUUCGCCAACAUAAGGACGCUAUGGAAGAUGUAAAGGUGUCAGCGGAACGUGAAGUUCGUGAGGCAGAAGACGCGCAGAAGCAACAACUGAAGGAAGAGCGCAUUAAAGUUGCGAGUGCCGUUCGUGAACAAUACGAGCCGCAGAUCGUGGCCCUACGUUCCCAGCUGGAAGGGCUGCAGCAGCAGGAGGCCAAACUGAAGGCAGAAUUGGGUGUAGGAGAGACCGUGAAGGAUCUUCUGCACAAAUGUGUUGGUAGUGCGCUUGCCACUAUUUUGCAGCGCGUGAAUGACUUGUUUGCAGCCGAGAGUUCAACGAUGGAAAGUUGGGAAGACGAGAUACAACGUCUUGUGCGACAUGAAGUGCGUUCCUCUUUUGCCGUCACGACCGGGAGCGAGGCGCAACGGGAGCGUGAGGACUGCCAGAAAAUAUUUCAGGAGUUGCUUGAAUUUUGGCGCAAGGCAGAGGAGGAGGAGCGGGAACAUGUCCUCAAGAUGGACGAGCAGUUGAUAUUAGACAUGCAAUCAAUGGUGCAUGACGAUCUUGACCGGCUCCAGCGUGAGGAGUUAAGCAUGGAGGAGAUGUACACGGAAUCGCGCGAAGCGUGGGCGUCGCAGCACCAGGAAAUUUUAAAGCGUGAAUUAGACGCAGCCAUGAGCCGCCGCACCGCCGAGCACGAGGAGCAGCGAGCACUUCGCCAUCAACUGCACUUGGAGCGUCUGAAGGCUGUGGAGGAGAACCAUCACGACAUGUUGGAAAAACAGCGAUGGUUUCAUGAGAAGCAUAUGGCGCUUCUGCGUGAGCAGCAUGUCAAAGAGGAACGUCUCGCCGAGCAACGGAGUCGUGUCAAUGCAGCCAUGCAAGCAGACGCUUCACGCGCUACGGAAGAAUUUAAUCGCAUUGUACACGCCGUUGAGGCUCUUCUGAAAAGAAUGAAGGAAUAUCGAGCCGCAAUUGAGGAUGGCCGUGCAGCAAUAGACAGCGAUCG